GGACUUCGUCCUCUCACCCGAGGCGAAUUUCUCAAACGCAUCAACUUGGCAGCCAGCUGAACUGGGUAGUCGAAUCCUUAAAGGGCCACGGCAUCCGCAUCGGCGCUACGCUCGAGUACCUUCUGCGGGGAGUUCCUUUCGACGUUGUUAAGUCUAUUGGGAGGUGGUCUAGUGAGGCAUUCCUCGUCUACUUGCGUCAGCACGCAGUAAUCAUCGCACCCUAUAUCCAGGGCACCCCGGUCAUGGAUGCUUUCACCCGAUAUACCAUGCCCCCACCUCGUUAGGAUUUAACACUUAGUGAGUAUUUUGUUUAUCCCGCCCAUUUCCUUAAAUUGUGGCAUCUAAGACUUCGCUUGUCGCGUCACUGGACUCCUUAUACCCGGGAAUCACAGCUCAUCUUAGAUUGCUUUUCUCAUAGGUACCGGCACUUGUUUCAGUCGAAAAACCCUUCGGGUUUUUGCCCAAACCUAUUCCCAGUUCCUCUAUCUCUAAAUACAUAUCAUCAAUUACUUCUCGUUUUCUGAUCCUUCGGAUCAGAA